AUGACAAGAGAAGAAAAUAGCAGAUAUAAAUACUUAGAAAGCAGAUCAAAAGCAGGAGAGCUACUGUACCCAUACGACUUCAAAGAGACAAUGUCCAUCAAGGAAGUACUGAGCUUUGUGGAGAACAACAAAAUAGUUCCAGAAACACCGCUCAACGAAGGAGUCCUGAAGGAUUUGGUAGUAAAAACGGCUGGAAGAGUGCUGGCUAUCCGGUCCAUUGGAAAAAUAACUUUCAUAAAAAUAGAAUCGGCAGGGCUUUCUUUGCAAAUAAUUUUUAAAUCAAAAUCAAAGGAAAUAUUCAGAGGAGACAUAAUUGGCGUAGAGGGCACAAUAGGAUUCAGCAUGAAGGGAGAGCUGAGCAUUGUGUCUACAUGCGUGCGAGUGCUCGCUCCGUGUCUGCACAUCUACCCAACAGAGCACUACGGCCUGAAAGAAACAGAGCUGCGAUACAGACAGAGAUAUCUGGAUCUGGUGCUAAACAAAACAAGCUUGAACAGAUUUGUUACUCGGUCAAAGGUCAUUAGCUUUGUAAAGAGAUAUCUGGACAGCAAAGACUUCAUGGAGGUGGAGACCCCCAUGAUGCACAUCAUCCCAGGAGGAGCAGCAGCCAAGCCCUUUAAAACAGUGCUGAAUGAGAUGGACAUGGAGCUGAGUCUGAGAAUAUCCCCAGAGCUGCACCUCAAGACUCUUUUGAUCGGAGGCAUACCAAGAGUGUACGAAAUGGGAAGACAGUUCAGAAACGAAGGGAUAGAUGCCACACACAACCCAGAGUUUACAACGUGCGAGUUCUACAUGUCCUAUGCCGACUACAAUGACGUCCUGGAAAUAACAGAAGACAUGAUCAGCAGCAUGGUUCAGGAAAUAUUUGGCACAAAACUCAUCGAGUACCGAGUGGAGGGAAAUGAUGGAACAGUUAAGGACGUGAGCAUAGACUUCAAUACACCGUUCAAGAAAAUAGACAUACUGAGCGAGCUGUCAAAGAAGGUGAACAUAGAAAUAACAGGAGAAAUGCUGGAAACAGAUGCGGGCAGAGACCUACUGGACAAACUCUGCAAAGAAAACAACAUCAGGUGCAACAACCCAAGAACAACCACGAGACUGCUGGAUAAGCUGGUAGGAGAGUAUUUAGAGAGCGACUGCAACAACCCCACCUUCCUCAUGAACCAUCCUAAGAUUAUGUCGCCUCUGGCUAAAGAGCACAGAACACAGAAGAACAUAACGGAAAGAUUCGAGCUGUUCAUCCUUGGGAAGGAAGUGUGCAAUGCAUACACAGAGCUAAAUGACCCAUUCGACCAGAGGAGAAGAUUUGAACAGCAGGCAAAGGACAAGACAGCAGGAGACGACGAAGCACAGGAAAUUGACGAAGAUUUCUGCACUGCGAUGGAGUACGCUCUGCCGCCUGCAGGAGGAUGGGGCCUGGGAAUAGACAGACUGGUGAUGAUGCUGACAGGAGCACAGAAUAUCAGAGACGUUCUCUUCUUCCCUACCAUGAGACCUAAGAAAACAACCGAAUAA